AACUGGAAAGCGAAGUUAAAAAGCUAGAGGAGAAAGUAGGUCAUUUGAAAAACAAUAACACUGGUCAGUUGGCGAAUACAGCCAAUAAAGCCAAUACAUGUGAGCAACGCGGCGGGGUAAUUACCAAUCUACCUGAAAACAUUGCACCCAUUUCAGGGCCUGUGAAUCAAUUGGUAUUACCUGAUUUGAGGCCAAGGAAUCAACAAACUAUUAUUGAUAAUCCGAUGAGUUUCAAACAUCAAGCUAAUACUGUUACACGAACCCGAAACAUUUCUGAGGUCACAAAGACUUUGAUUGGAACUACUGACUCGCAAUCAGCUUCUGUGUCAACUCAAGCAAGAUCUAGUGAACUAAAGUCAACUGCCGAUGCGGAUAAAAUACAAGAUGGCGGUAUAGCGCAAUCUACGUCAGAUGUACCUAGCCAGGCUCCUGCUGUUCAAACACGCGACGUUGAUAUUAAGCUUUUAUGCCAAGACAAAACAGAUCAUAAUGACAGUAGCCUACCCGAUGUUGAUUGGGUUGAAGUAAUGCCUAAACGGAAAAAGAGGCAUAACACUGCGCCGAUUCCCAGUAUGAUGGUUAAGGAAACAAAGCCGUUAACGUUUGCUAAUGUUGUGAAAAGCUCUAAACCUACACCCAAGCCGAUCCCCAGUCCCGUGAAUAAGAAAGUGUUGAAAUCUGCGAUGAAGCCUGCUCGAUUGCUUCGAGGUAUAACUGCUGUUAAACAUGUGACUUUAUAUGUUGAGAACAUUGCAAAGGACGGAUGCGAGACGGAUAAUGACAUUGUACUACAAUUGAAGGACCACGCAUUAACGCAGGGUAUUAAUAUUAACAAAUGCUGGGUUGUAUCAAAUAAAUAUAGCAACACUCGUGUCGGUUGUAAGAUAACAGUUCCCGUCUUCUCUGUGGUUAAAGCCCUCGAUUCAAACUCCUGGCCAGAUCCGAUUUGCUGCAGAAGGUGGG